GGGUAAACCGCGCGUGGCUCUCGUACACCCGCGUCCUGGUCGACGGUUCGCGCGGACAGUUCUUGCUCUAUUCUGUGCUCGUCGCUUCGAGACUUCCUCCUUUCUACCCUCGUUACGCUCGCUCGGCUCUGUCAAUUGUCGUCUUACGAAAUUGUCGAUCGUUCUCGACGGAAUGAAUGACUGGUAACGUUAACGCAAUGUCAAAUCAAACUUCUGUCAAAAUGACUUGUCCUCUUGACGAGGAAGCUCGUUUCAUAGAGCAAUCUCCUCGGAUUUAGAUUUCUAAAGAUGUAACGGAUUAGACUUGUGAGAAUGUAAUAGAUUAGAUUUGUAAGAAUGUAUGUCAUCUAUGCGGCAUCAUUACAUCGCACCAAACUGUGUACUUAUGUGUCAAUCAUAAAGAAUUAAAAAGGAUUCGAAUGAAAAGUGAGGAUGCCUCGGGAGCGAAGGGUUUCACAUCCCGGUUUGCAGAGCCGGUCUACGCACAUUGUAAUUUUCAUUGGGAUCCUUCUCAUACUCAUAGUUUAAUGAUGCACAGGAAUUUUGACUUCGUUUUCACCACGGACAAACUGAGAGUGAGGUUGGAGUAGAAGUGAGGUGGAUUCGAAAGUAUAAACCGAGCAUUCCACAGCAACAGGCGCGACGUGGAAAGGGCCAGUACACAACGACGGACAAGCCGCCUAGUUUGAAGUUAAUCUUAAAGGUCGGAGGUAGUACUGGAACACCCGAGCACGGCAGCGAGUCGCCGAAUCAAGCCACGAUGCUGUCGCAGCAUUAUCAACAGCAAUUGGGUCUUAAUUAUUCUGUCAGUCAGGGGGACGCAGAGUAUGACAGAUAUGUUGGUCACAAAAAACUCAAGAAGAAGAAGAAAAAGAAAGAUAAACGACACAAACAUCAUCAUAAAGAUAAGAAGAGACGGAGAGAGGAAUCGAGUCAAGAAUCGGUUGGUGACGCCGAUGAAAACCUGAUCGAGCCUGUACCUAAGAAAGCUUGUACCAAUCACAACCAGCUGUUGCCGCCUAGACCACCAUCCAGUGGCGAAUUAAGGGUCGGCGUUAGUAAUAUAAGCUCUCUAUCGCCGCAUCGCGAGCCCAGGACGUGCGUCCUCAGAAAAAUAGCAGAACGUACGCCUCUUCAGAGGUUACUGGAACAUCUGUUGAGAUCAAUGGAGAAACGGGAUCCACAGCAAUUUUUCGCCUGGCCAGUCACAGACAGUAUUGCGCCCGGUUAUUCUCAGAUAAUCACGAAUCCGAUGGAUUUCAGCACGAUAAAGCAAAAAAUAGACGACAACAACUAUCAGAAUUUACAAGAAUUCGUAGACGAUUUCAAACUUAUGUGUGACAAUGCUAUGACGUAUAAUCAUCCCGAUACUAUUUAUUACAAAGCGGCGAAAAAAUUGCUACAUGUUGGUCUGAAGAUGGUCACUCCGGAGAAAUUGCGACAGCUUAGACCAGUUCUAAUGUACAUGAAUGAUAUCACGAAAGAAGAGCUCGGAUUUGAAUUGGGCAUCGAGGAUCUCAACAAUCCGGAUGCUCCUGUGACAGAGGAACAGAUCGAGCGAGAACGCGAGCAGGAGGAACGUAAUGAAGAAGCAGAAGAGCUCAGGAAAGAGAACCAGAGAAAAAUGAGACUGGCUAGUUUAGGCAAAUUUGAGGCAAUACCAGAUGAUAUGACGCCAGAGGAAAUAUUGAAGCAAGCUAGAGGAGCGGCCAAAGCGGCAGCGGAGAAACUCAGUUUGAAGAGAGUCAACUCGAAGAUGGGUUUCUUGCGACAGAAGAAAGACGGCACUACCAGCUUACAGAUUAUUGUGCCCGGAGAUGGAAUUAUUCCCGGGACCAAUCAAAGACCCGUGUCGCUGGGACAACUUAUAGGCAAAUUGAAUCAUGGUACUGGAGCAUUAGCAGGAUUCCGCGAGGAUCGAAGGAAUAUGUCCAAACCAGUGAAACCUUUGUACUAUGGCGCAUUUGGUUCAUAUGCACCGAGCUAUGACUCGACGUUUGCGAAUCUCACCAAGGAAGAAACCGACCUAGUCUAUCAGACUUACGGCGACGAGACUGCCGUGCAAUACGCUGAAUCUAUUCUAGAUUUUGCAAAGGACUGUGAUUACACAUUGACUAUGGUCGACGAUCUGUUGGACAUUCUUACAGGCGGCGAUCAUAGGAAGACAAAGAAAUUCCUCGAAGAAAAGCGAAGACUGAAAGAAGAGGAGGAAAAGAUCAAGCAUUUGCUAGAGAAGCCUAUGCAAGACGUGAAUCGUAACAUUCCGUCAUUGGAUAAAGUCAAAGUUGAUAUCGAGCAGUUAAAGACACUGUCGGAUCUUGGUAUCGAUAUAAAUUUCUUAGAGAAUUUAGAAGAAGACUUUAAGUACAGCGAGGAACGCGUCGCUCUACAAAACCGCCUUGAUGACACAUCGCAAAUGCUAGGUCGACUAAAACAGAUCCAACAUGAGCGUUUGUCAGCACCACCACCGGCCCAUUUGUCUAACGUUCCUAAGGCAGCAGACGCCGAAGUGAUGUUAGCCGAUAAGAUCACCGAUAAUCUCACUGAUAUAGCAAAGAAACUGCCACCGUCGGGGAUCGCGCCGGUAGACGGAUUGCGUAGAGCGAUGGGCAUAGCGCCCUUGGGCGGACCGGAACCCAUGGAAGUCGAGCCGAUUACGCACAACCCCACCAUAGUCGCUGACAGUUCGUUACUGCCGCCAAAUCCGAACAAUGGUAAUCAGGUAUUAUCAAACCUGUUGCCGACCCCCUCGCCAAUUCAAAACGCGAAUCUGCUGAGUCCGACUGGCCAGCAAAAUCAAAAUAUCAGUAUUGUGGGUGCGAAUCAGCCGCCACCGCCGAUUCAGAUGCAGAUCGGCAUGACUCACAGCAGUCAAACGCCACCGUCGCUAUUGAGCGCGUCGGAACCGUCUGGCGUGGCCGAUCUCGAGUCCGAGCUGCGCGAGUUCCUAGAGAGCGAUCCUACGCUGGGACACUCGCCUCUCCAUGACGAUAAAACUCUAGAGGACAUCCUAUCUGAAUCUUAGUGCGCAUGCGAUAAUGUGUGAAUGUUCCGUAAUAUAAUUUAUAAAUAGAAAUAAAUUAUAAAUAUUAUAAUAUA